AUGUCCCACAUCGCACCCCGGCCACUGCAGCGUCCGGCCCAUCGCCGAACUCCUAGCAAUCCUCAAACGCCCGACAAGAGAGUUGAGCUCGUCGGAAAACUUGAAAGAUAUAUUGGCGAGGUUUUGGAGGCUAUGAAAGCCUACAAGUCUCCCCAGCAGCUGUCUGCUCAUCACAAUGCCAACCAGAUGUUUCAACAAAGGGUGCUGGCCUCGCGCGGCCAGAUGGGGAACAUGUCGGAACAGGACUGGCUGGGCACAAUGAUGCAGUGCUUGAAUGAAAGCAUGAGGACCCAGCAGAGCUCAUUUGUACGCAACACUACACUUGACGUCGCCCUGAGGACUUUCGCUUCUGGGAUUUUCGAGGCUCUGGGCCCAGCCUACUUCCAGGAGCCUUUCGACAAGUACAUGGCCGCAGCGAGGCCAAAUAUUGCCAAUACUGCCAGUGCUGGAUAUCAAGCAACUCAUGAAGUACACGGUAUGCCCAUAAUACAGCGACCGCUGCCAACGGCGCGGCAGCCUGGCCGUCCACCCAAGCGACAAUCGCCGGUGGAAGCCCCGAAUCCUCCUGCGCGGAAGAGAACUUACACAUCUGAGGCUCUGCGACAGGCAGCUGGACCGAUGCGGCCUCCAACGACACCUGCUCAAUCACGACCUAGCCUUGGCACCCCUCACAACCCUCGAUUGUGUAUCGACUUCUGGGAUGUACAACAAGAACGAGAUGCACGAAAGAGACAGGCUAUUCUCGGCUAUGGAGGCAAGUGGUACGUGUUCCAAUGCCACCAGCACGAGGAUGUCCUCUUUUUCAAGACUGCAGAAGGUGCAAGGCAUCAUAUGAUGACUCGCCAUGCCUUGCCAAACCAACAAAUUGAUUUCUUGGACAUCAUCCAGGAACUAGGUGUCGAAGUCAUGAAUUGUGAUGUCGCACGUGCAGAGAAGAACAAUCUUGAGGCUAUCAACAUGUGGAACCGAGUUGGUUCAAACUCUGAUUCGCAACAAGGCGCUGGCAUUCGACCGGAAGGCCCGGUCCACGUCCCGGUGUCAGUUCGUACACACAUCCCUACCACCACACGUUCAAAAACUACGUUUGAACACUCCCCAACCAUGCAUUCUGAAGAGGGGCCAUUGCCGGCGACGCGACUUGACUCUCCGAGCAUCCUCUCAAAUGAUGAAGCGAGCGAGGACACCACUGCCGACCAGAUGGCUGUCACCAUAAAAAAAGAGACGAUAGAGAAGGAACUGGAUUUUCCCUCUACGAAAAUGAAACUUGAUGAGUCUGUUAGCACUCUAAUACGCCCCUCACAGUCCUCCCAGUCUGCUGGCUGGACGGCUGAGGGCCUUCAGGGGAGUCAAUUGGUGCCGACUCCGGCAGCAAACACCGGGAGAAAUUCCUUUGCGAAUGAAGGCGCAAACGAGUUCUCAGAGAACCCGGAAAGACCACAGAGUGCCGCGCUCAUUGAGACGGCCUUUGUUACGAGCAGAGACCUGAAUAUCAGCACAACCCCAGCUACUGAGACGUCGACCACUGCAGAGCGGAUUCCAGACUUGACACCAGACUCGCCAGAAUCAUCUGAGCUCAGCGAACCUCCAUCUUUGGCAGAGUUGGAGUCGAUUGAGCCACCAACAGCCGCGCACAACGACCCAAAGGUUGCGGAUGAUGAGCUAGAAGAAGGCGAAGUCGACGAGUCCUGCAUUCGGGUCGCAUCAUACUCUCCGGUACUGUCAGGCAAGACGACUGAAUCUCCCGAGUUGAGCAAGAAGCAAAAAAGAAGGAUUAGCGCCGCUGGCUCGGCGCCAUCGACCCUCCCGGAGCAAAGGAAGAGGCUACCUGCGACGCCGAAGUCGUCACAGAGGAAGAAAAAGGAGCGACAGUCGUUUCGCAGUCCGGCUCAGGAGACCGGGCCGAGCGCUCAUGAUCAGUUCAAGGCCAAGGCAUGCAAGAAGUGCUCCGAGAGGUUUUACUUUCGCGCCCAGCUGGCGACGCACAUGAACAGCGAGCACCCUGAAGUAAUAAUAGUAGAGUAG